GAGUCAGCGCCUAAUACUGUAACCACUGAGCCUACGAACCAUAACUGUUCAGGACGCAAACCGGAAAGAUGGCACGACUCUCAUCGACUCUUAUUCUCUUACUUGUUGUAGUAGGACCGGGCCGUGGAGAAAAUCUGCACAUAAUUGUGGGCGACCCGGUUCAGUUUCCUGACAUGUGUGUGCCAGGCGAGUCGGCUGAACUUUCCCGUGACAAGGCUGAAGAGGGAGUCUGGCUGGUGGCUCAACGUGAGCAGGGUGUUUGUAAACCGGUCGACGACUACAAAGACAGGAUGGAUGAAAACUCUUGCUUUGCCUUCAGCCGCUCACUUAUCUCUGAUGGCGGAAAUUACGAGAUAACCUGCGGCGGCCAAACGCAUCGGGUCCAGCUGGAUGUGGUGUUCGGCUCUGAGGUAUCCGUCACUGAAGGAGAGCCGCUCACAGUGCCGUGCUACAAGACCUGCAAACAGGUGGACUCUGUGCUGUGGGAGAAACAUGGACGAGUGGUGGUGAAUCACAGUCUGGCUACAGGACGGACCACAUACGGAACCGGCUUCGAGGGGAACGUGCGGCUGGCACCUGGUGGCGUUAAAGAAGGUAACUGGUCCCUGAUGUUCGCUCGGGCUCGCCUGGAGGAUGAAGGCGAUUACUUUUGCUCUUUCCUCAAGGGGGGCGUGACAGAAGACAGGGGGGACCCUGCAGCCGCGAGGGUCAAGGUGACCAAGAGAGACCGGGGACAGGAGACCAGCCGCCUAACGCCGGAUACGACACAGCGCGUCACCGACGGGAGCAAAGAUGGUUUGAUUGCUGCCGUCGCCACAUUAGCUGUUUUGCUUGUUAUUCUUUUUUCUGCUGUUGUCUGGCUUGGUUGGAAGCUCCUCUGCAUGAAGGCUGAGCGCCUGAAGACUGCCGACCCGCCGAGUGCCAUUAAGGAGGUCCUCGGACGGCUUCUGGACAUUCAUCUGGCGAACGAUGACUGAAAUAAAUAGGUUAAAUAGGUGCGGUGGUAGGACCAGUCCUUCUCUGUCAUGCUUGAUCCUCUCACUGUGGUUAACUGUGGUGUUUGCUUUUUGUUUUUGUUCUUCUAAUUGCUUUUAUUAUUAUUUUUUUCUGUUAUUAUUUCUUGUUACGUAUUUUAUAUGUUUGUAUGUUGUAUUUACCAUGUGUUUACCCUUCUUGGGCUGUGUAUCUCGUUUGGUAUUUUUUUGUUGUUGUUCUUUGCUUUGUUUAAAAAUUCGAUAAAAUUCUAAUCAUAAAAAAACAUUUUAGCAUUAAAAAUUUUUGCCCUCGUGACCAACUCAUAAAAUGAUCAUUUUAACAGUCCUUCACCUCACAGUCAGGGGUCAUACUGCACAUGCUGACUUGUUACUGUACUUUAAACUGUGAUACUGUGAGCCAAAGUGGACUGAAUGUGACUUUGUUAUUAAUAUGGAUUUAUGUAACUAUAUUGGCUGUGUGUUGGGGGGUAUUUUAAGCAUAUUUGGGUUGUGUGUCAAUAGUCUUUAUGUUAUGAUACACACUAAGAUUUUGUUGAUGAGCUGUGCCUGACCUCUUAAUAAAAGUUUUUUAAGUGAGAAGUUUUCAAGUCUCUGUUCUGUGGGCUUGUGUGUGUGUGUGUGUGUGGACAUUUCAUUAAAAGUGAGCUUCUCCCCUCCUGUCUAGAAUCAUAUUGGCUGAAAACCUGUGAGGAAACAUGGAAACACAUAACAAGCUAAAACAUAAAUGGUGUCAGUUUGAAAUAAAGAAAACUGAACACAUGAAUGCAACA